AUGGCGCACGAGAGCUCCACAGCCGCUUCAAGUCUUCCUAGUGUAACGACUAAUGAUCGUCGUGGUGGUGGUCAUCGCCGGAAUAUGGACUUAAUCAGCUCCUUGCCGGAUGCGAUACUCCAACAUAUCCUCUUCUUUGUUCCGACGCAACUAGCCAUCACAACUUCUGUCUUGUCAAGACGAUGGAGGCAUGUAUGGUCCGAUACACCUUCUCUUUCCUUUGAUGAUAGUUAUAGGCCGCAAGUGCAUGCUGCUUGGAUAAACGAAACCCUAGAUCGCUACACAGCUCCUAAGAUGACCAAGUUUCAUUUCAAAACCACAAUGUAUCACACUGUUGCCGACAUGGAAAGGUGGAUGGAGUUCGUCACGUCCCGCAACGUGGAGAAUAUAUUCCUCUGCGUCGGUCGAAGUUGUGAUUAUUAUUAUUACUAUAAGAUUCCUGAUUUCUUCUACACCAAUUCCUCUAUUAAGCAACUCAGCUUUGAGUUACCACGUUCUUAUAUGAUUCCCUCAUGUUCUGUAUCUUGGACAUCGCUAAAGAAGUUGUCCUUGUCUAACUGUUCUCUCUCCAAUGAAACUGCUGCUAAGGUUCUAUGUGGUUGUCCGAUUCUCGAAAGCUUAAAAUUGGAUCAUUGUCCACAUCUUAGGGUUCUUGAUCUCAGCAAAUCCCUGGGCGUGAGAACAUUAGAAAUAGCCUGCAGCCGUUUUCUGACGGGGUCAAUGCAGAUUGUGGCACCACAUGUCCAUUCUCUCAGAAUGUGGCACAACUAUCAGUUACCAUGUGCUUUAGUUGAUGUCUCGUCUUUAACUGAAGCUAAAGUGAACAUUUCCUGUCACUCAGUUGGAGAGACAAUCAAUGGUUAUGAUCUAUUUCAAUUCCUUCGUGAAAUCCUAGAGAAGUUGCAAAAUGCAGAGAAGCUUACUUUUGGGUGCUACAUUCUUCAGUUAACAUGUGCCGAUGGAUUAGUUUUCAUGAGGCCUCUUUUAUGUGUUGCGGAGGUUCGUGGUAUUACUUUUCCGAUGUUGAAGAUAAAAGCUUUGAUUCUUGAGACACAGAUCUUUCAGUGUGUUAUUCCUAACUAUUGUGACGACUUCGUGGGCGUGGGAGGUGGUUGGAGAUCAAAAGAUGAAGUCUCUUGGAAUAGAUCCCGCUGGGAAUUAGAGGCGAAGCACGUGGCUUCAUUUGUGGAACUUGUGCUUACAAACGCAAAGGCAUUAGACAAGAUGGUUCUACAGUUAUACGGAGAUUACCCUAGUUUUAAGUUUGAAGAGUUGGUUCAAACACUUCCUCACAACAAUACUGUCUCCAUUGUGUUCUCAACCACGCAGAAUGGCACACAUCAUAUAAGUGGUGAAUCAUAG